GCACCCCUGCCGGCAUGGAAGAACGCGGCGAUUCCGAGCCCAGCCCGGGCUGCAGCGGUCCGAGACCCGGCGGCGCUCUCGGUGGCGGUGGCGCCCACCCAUGGGCCCCGGAGGACGCCUGGAUGGCCACUCACCCAAAGUAUUUAGAAAUGAUGGAAUUAGAUAUAGGAGAUGCUACCCAAGUUUAUAUAGCAUUCCUGGUGUACCUGGACCUCAUGGAGAGUAAGAGUUGGCACGAAGUGAACUGCGUGGGGCUACCCGACCUCCAGCUCAUCUGCCUCGUCGGCACCGAGAUAGAGGGAGAGGGGCUGCAGACGGUGGUGCCCACGUCCGUCCAUGCUUCCCUCAGCCACAACAGGAUAAGGGAGAUCUUGAAGGCCUCUCGAAAAUUGCAGGGUGACCCGGACUUGCCGAUGUCCUUUACUUUGGCCAUAGUGGAGUCCGACUCCACCGUAGUCUACUACAGACUUACCGACGGGUUCAUGCUGCCGGACCCUCAGAAUAUUUCCCUCAGAAGAUGACGCCUGCGCUUCGGGGCCGACUUUAUUCACACGAGGUUGGAUCUGAGACCCAUCGACCUGCGUGAUCUUCAUCUCAGAGACGGUCGGGGUGGACCCAGCUGGUCCCACCCCAUAGUUUCUGCCUGAAAUAUAAAACUUUCCCCAAUAGGAGAAAUUUUUGUUGUUCAGAAAUAUGGGACAGUUGCUCUAAGACUUUCUUACCUGGAGACAGCUUGGUUACAGUUGCACCAGUUUACACUUCGGGUGUGCUACAAGGGGUGGAAUGCGUGGCUCCUCUGGCACCCCCACUUGUACCUGCCCCCCACCCCCGUCCACCACAGCUGUGAGCUCGUCAUUGAGACUGCCACCUCGCUCCCCCACUCAGCCCGCUCGGUGCCCGUGGCCACUGCAGCCGGCCGGGACGCCGCUCAUGUCCACCUUGAUGGCUGAGAGUUCAGUCUGCUGCUUCAUCCCACAGGAAGUAAAACAUUUCUCAGUUGUUUUUAAUGUUGCAACUACUGUUACUUUCCUCUUAGGUGAAAACUAUAAAUACACUUAUCCACAGGGUGAACCCACACGUCUGGGUUAAUAAGGAGCCGAGAAGUGUCGCCUCCAGAGUACUGGGCCUCCUUUCCCUCCCUGUUGCCACGGCCGCAGGAGACGAGAGAAAUAGUGGGGGCAGGGUCGGCCUUAAAGACGUCCUGACGAAGUAGACCCAGACAUUCCACUUUCGUAUAAUAUACUCCAGUUCAGUUGGCUAAAGUGUAAAAAAUGAUAUACACAGAGAUGUUCUAAGUAACAAUUAUAACCCUAAAUUCAGGGCUCAAUAAACUUUUUCUGUGAAGGUCCAGAAAAUGAAUAGUUGAGGCUUUGCAAGCCAUACCGUCUCUGUCACAGCUCUGCAGCUCUGCAGCUUGCAGCACAAAAGUCACAGUAGACCGUAGGUGAACAAAUGGGCAUGGAUGGCUGUGUUCUAAUAAAACUUUAUUUACAAAUGCAGGCAUAUACACACACAGUGGUACAUUAUAUAGUCAUUAAAAAUUAGUAAAAAAUAUAGUGAACAAAAAAUACUAAGUAAAAAAGCAAGAUAUGAAAGUGUGUGAAUGGGUGUAUUCAUGGCUGUAAGUAACACACCCAACGUGUAAUAAAACAACAGAAUGAAUCACUAACCGGUUAUAUAAUAGAAUGGCAGGGCAGUAAAUGGAUGACUUGGUUUUUCUUCAGUAUUUGUUUUCCUUUAUUUGUAUUUUAUAAUAAAAGUUUUUCUAAAAAAAUA